AUGUCCUACAAACCUGUACCUCUUCACUCCAAGUUUGGAUUCGGAACCAUGUCCAUGACCUGGACUCCUGUGCCACCUCCAACGGAAGCAUCCGUGGAAUCGCUUAAGUUUGUCACUUCUCACGAAGAAUUCGGUACCAAAUUGCUUAAUGGUGGUGAGUUCUAUGGCCCAAACAAUGUCAACUUGAAGCUCUUGAAGGCUUUUGUCGACUCCAACACUGCUGAGUUCAACCGUGGGCUCACUAUUUCUAUCAAGGGGGCUAUCAGUCCCGAAUUGAGACCAGACGGAAGUAAAGAGCAAAUAGACAAGUCAAUUGCAAACUUGACUUCCUUCUUCCCAAAGGAUAAGAACGCUAGACCCAAGUUGUUGUUCGAGAUAGCUAGAGUCGAUAAAAACACUCCCUACGAAGAGACGAUCUCCUACAUUGCUGAACACGUUAAGAGCGGUGCCAUUGAUGGUAUAUCUCUUUCUGAAGUAGGCAUUGAAUCCAUCAGAAAGGCUGUAGCUACGUUUCCUAUUUCUUGUGUCGAGUUGGAGCUCUCCCUUAUGUCCACUGAUAUUUUAGAAAACGGUAUUUUGGAAGAAUUGUCGAAACACAACAUUCCUGUUAUUGCCUAUUCUCCUCUUUGUAGAGGUUACUUGACUGACUUCACUGUUGACCAUGCCGACAACUGGUUGGACACUAUUCCAAAAGGUGAUCACAGACAUUUAUUCGAGAAGUUCUUUCCAGAAAACUAUGAACAAAACAUCAAGUUGGUAAAAGCUUUGCACAAGUAUGCUCAUGAAGUCAAGAACACUACCUUGGAAUCGUUGUCUUUAUCUUGGAUCUUGGCCAUCUCUGGAAGAAAAGAAUUCAGAGGCAUCAAGAAUGUUGCUCCAAUCUUGCCAAUCCCAAGUGGUUCUACUAAAGAUAAGAUUACUCGUAAUUUCUCCAACAUAGUGGAGUUGUCUGACGAAGACUUGGAUGCUAUUGACAAGCUCAUCAAAGAAUUCCCAAUUAAGGGAUUGAGAUACAACGCCCAUGCAGAAGCCACCUUGAACGGUUAG